AAUUCAUUCGAAGACGCUAUCAUCAGGGAAAGAAGUGAAAUUAAAAUAAAGAAUUGUGGAAAAAAUCAUUGUUAAUUUGGUGAUUUAUUAAUCGGUAUUGCAAUCAGGACGUCGACCAUCAAGGCUCUGAGGAAAUAUUCAGGAAAAUAUUCAUAUGGGAGUAUUGUAAUCCCUCAAAACAGCGCGAAAAUUGGACUGUAUCGUGAGCCGGUGACUGCUAUCAAUUCGGUGUAGAUAAAAGAAACAAAGCAUUGACCUUUUGAAAUGGAGAAGAAAAUUGGCAGACCGAUUGGCUCACCUGUGCCGAAAAAGGGUGAAUCCGGUUCUUGUAGGUAUACAAAGGAAUUUGAUGAGAUCAGUCAAUUAGGAAGUGGUAAUUAUGGAAAGGUUUUCCUUGUCCGAAAUCGUCUGGAUAAUAUUAAUUAUGCUAUUAAGAAGGUUUCCAUAAAAUCCUCCGAUAAGAAAAAGAUAUUGUUGCACGUAAAGGAGGUGCACAUACUUGCCAGGCUUAAUCAUCAAAACAUUGUUUCCUACAAGACUGCCUGGAUUAAAUGGAAUAAAUCCUUGACAUCAGCGCAAAAUGCGAAAAGUGUCUCCAUAUCACAGGAAGUAUCUACGGAUAAUACUUCCAGUGAUUCUAUCAUUUUUGCUGAUUCCAGUCGUACGACUUACAAAUCCCAAUCCUCGGGUAGCACUUGUAGGACUUUAAGCAGUGAGGAUGAAGAACUGGAUGAUAAAUUUUAUUUUGCUACACUGUACAUUCAGAUGUCACUCUGCGAUAAGACCCUUACAAGUUGGCUUAAAGAUAGGAAUAGUAAUUUCCAAGAGAAUCCCAGCAUCAAUUAUAAGGAUUUCUUUAUUAAGGAUUCUCUUUGCAUUUUCAAGCAACUCACCAAGGGUCUCAAUUACAUUCAUGAAAUGAAAAUUGUUCAUCAUGACAUCAAUCCCAACAAUAUUUUCAUGAGCAUGAACAAUUACAAUUGCAAGCAUCCUAUUGUCCAAUUGGGAGACUUUGGACUGGCAUCAUAUCGUCGGGAGCAUUCCUCCAAAGGUGGUGCAAUGGGAACUAUACCGUACUCAGCACCCGAGCAACGACGACGUGGAGAAAGCUGUUACGAAAGUGACCUCUACAGCCUAGGAGUCAUCUUCCUUGAACUUCUGAUGCCCAUCAAUACUAUAACGGAACUCAUAGAAGUGAUAGGUAAAGUUAAAAUUCAGGAACAGUUGCAACAGCCAUUCGAUUCCUGUCUAAGAUUUCGAAAAAUCAAAAAACUAAUCGGGCGUCUUCUGAGCGAUGAGACAGAAAAUCGACCCACAGCAAAUUCAGUGAUCAAGAUCAUUAAGUUUACUGCUAUUGUCAUGCAAGUAAAUUGCGAUCCGGAUCUGAAGGUACUGAGAGAGAAGGACAGAACAAUACGAAUUCUCAAGGAUCAGGUGAAUGAACAGGCUAAAAUGAUCAAGAAUUUAACAGAAGCAAGGAAUGGAAUUGCAUGUGAAAUGCCCUCUGGACCUAGGAGAACCUGGAAUAGAGAAACCAGAGACUGGAUCCUCCAGGAGCAAAAUUCCACUGAGGCAGUAUCCUCCAGGAGUAGCCUUCCCCCGGGGAGGUAUACUCCAGGGAAUGUAUCCUGCAGGAUCUGUAUUCCCAUGGAGCAGUCUACUCCUGGAACAGUAUCCUCCAGGAGAAACAUCCCCCCGGGGCAGUAUCGCUCAGGAGCUGUAUCUCCCAACACCUGUAUUCUCCUGGAGCAGUAUCCUUCAGAGGCUGUAUCCUCAGCGUUCUUACAACAAUUCUUUUAACGAGAAUGCUCUUAAGGCAGACCCUUAAUAGACAAAAGAGAAUGCUGUUACAUGAAUACGCAUUCUAAUCAAAUUGUAUAAGAUUGUGGGUCUAAUAAAGCAAUUAAUCUAC